GAGACGCACCGACGGACUGGCCGACGUCUCGUCGUCAUCGGGCAGCGCAACACCACGUUGUACACGCACGCGAUUCGUACGGCAUCCGGCAGCUACUGCAGUGUUUACACGCGCACGCGUCAGUCGACGUUUAGAUGAUCCCGGGACCAGUUAACUUGCCGAUAGACGCACGCGGGUCUAUUGACAAUUUUUUUCGUCUCCGAAAUUUUUACUUAGCGUUUCCACCGCACCCCCGCCGAAAAGAGUUUUCUCGAUUUUUCAUUUGAAUUUUUUUUCAUUCGCCGCGAGUUCGGCAUAUUAUUAUUAUUAACAAAAAUAUUCAACACUUAUACAUUCUACCGCUAUUUAUUGGAGGUGUAGAGGUAUAAUACCGCUGAAUAUAAUAUUUUUUUAAUAUAUCGGAGCGCGGCGCGGGCGCUCGUGUAACGCACGCCGCCGAGACGACGGAGAAGAUUUUUUUCGCGAUCAGCAUAGACAAUUUUUUCCGUUGACAACGCACUGCGGGAACCACGAAAUAUUUGCGAAAAUAAUUAUCGUAUGCGUAAUUAUUGUUAUUAUAUUAUACGAAAACUAUAGUCGACACUGCCGCCCACCGACGACGACAAAUUACCGUCGACCGUUCACGGAUAUACACCUGGACGACGUCGUACGCAUAUUAUAGACGAUUGUCAUAGCACCGAUUGUAUUGUACAACGCACGAUGGUCAUCAUGAAAAACCUAACGAUUUUUUUGAAACGUUUCCGACACGGUUUGAUAUCGUUGAUGCUGAUUGGCAUUUCCGCGCUUGUUCUGGGUACGCUAAUUGCCGUGUUCGAUCCAUUUCAAUUAAUACUCAAAUGGAAACUCGUAAUGAGCAAAGGUGAUGAAACGUUCGAGAUGUGGAAAACACCAGAAGUAGAUGUUUAUCUAAAAGUAUACAUAUUCAAUAUAACAAACCGUGAAGAUUUCUUGUCCGGGAGAGACGAAAAAUUGCGGUUUCAAGAAGUCGGCCCAUAUGUCUACAGGGAAAAUUCUGAACACAAAAACGUAACGUUUAACAAUAACGAUACGCUGACGAUGACGCCUGUAUUUCCGUUGACAUGGGUGCCGGAAAUGAAUACUGGUAGAGAAGACGACGUGUUGAUAUUACCAAACAUAGCCCUUCUGAGUUUUGCCAGUGUUAUGGCAGAGGCAUCUUUGAUUACCAGGAUGGGUGUCAAUCUACUUAUUCGCCAAACGAAAUCCAAACCAUUUAUCAGACAAACGGCUAAGGAGUUCAUGUUCGGUUAUGAGAGUGCAUUAGUGACUAUAGGCAACAAGUUUUUGCCGUCAUGGAUCGCGUUUGACAAGCUGGGCCUUAUAGACAGAAUGUAUGACUUUACCGGUGACAGCGCAACGAUAUACACUGGUGCAAGUGACGUGUCCAAGUCCGGAACCAUAGAAAACUACAACAGAAGACCGUAUUUGCCUCAAUGGCCAUCGUCGCCUUGCAACAAAGUGACAGGUGCUUCAGACGGUACCAAGUUUCCAUCAGAGUCAGACAAUGGCACAGAAAUGAUGUUCUUCAGGAAGUCUCUCUGCAGGGCAAUUCCGAUGGUGAAAGCGAGUGAGCAAAUGAUACAUGAUGGUCUGCCAGUGUACAAAUAUAUUUUCGAAAACGGAUCAUUGGACAACGGUGCUGACAACCCAAAAAAUAAAUGUUUUUGCCGUAAAAACAAAUGUUUGAAACCGGGACUGAUCGAUGUCACCGACUGUUAUUAUGGUUUUCCUAUCGCAUUAUCUUACCCUCAUUUUUACAAGUCCGAUCAAUCGUUAUUAGACGCCAUCGAUGGAAUGACUCCCGAUCAAACGAAACACGAAACCUAUUUUUUUAUCAACCCGCAAGCGGGUAUGCCCACACAACUGUACGUCAGAAUGCAAAUUAACAUUGCUCUAGGUGACAUAUCGGAUAUGGCAAACACGGAACAUUGCAGUAACUUAGUUAUACCAUUAGUUUGGACAGAGAUUGGAUUCGAAAAGCUGCCCGAUCACAUGCUGACCAAGUUCUUCGUGUACCUCCGGGUCGGCCCGGUCCUGUUCGUCGGGCUCAAGUACGCGCUGCUGGUCGGCGGCGUGGCGUUCGUCGCCCUCACCGUGAUCGCGUCGCUGUUCAUACCCAUCGACGACGAACUCAGGUACCACAGCUCGUCGGCGUGGCGCCGCGAGAGCCAGACGCUGACCGGCGGCCUGCAGCGGGACGCGACGCCCACGAUACGCGUGCCGAUACCGGUGGCCGCGGCCGCAGCGGCCGGCAAAGAGAUGAACACGUACUACAACUCGCUGUUGGACGGCGACGGCGCGGCCGCGGCCCGGCUCAACGACGACCUGUGCGGCCGGCUGGACGUGGUGCACGAGGUGAGGUCGCCCAGGGGCAGUUGCACCGAGUCCGAGUACGACGAAGACGACGAAAACGACCGGAUCGUAGUCUGACCGCGGCCGGACGGUAACGGAACGCGAAAGACGUUGUUAUAGUGUUUAUAACAAUUACGAUCUGCAGCAUUUUGUAAUAACAUCAUUAUAUAUUAUACACUAUUCACAGUUAUUAUAUUAAACGUAUACGCAAUAUAAUAUAUAAUAUAUCAUCAUCAUCAUCAUAAUCGAGCUGUACGAUAUGAUAUGUACAUAAUACUCGUGCAGUCGUGCGAAUAAUAUAUUAUUUAUGUAAUAAUAAUAAUAUUUAAUACGAACGCCAUUCGAAGGGGCAAAAUCAAAAAAAAAAAUUCAUAGUUUUUGUUCCGUUGCGUUUCGAAGUUUGCCAUUCCUCGUUUUUAAACCGUAAUAUAAUAUUCUGCAAUGUUUAUUCCGCAUACACGUAUAAUAAAUAUAAUGUAACAUGUAUUAUUAUACAAUAUUAUAUCGAUGCGAAAAUGUGAUAACCUAGGUCUAAGUUAUUAAAAUGUGAUUUUUAUAUUAUAUUUUGCCAUAAACUAUACGGUGUGUAUUAUGCACUUUUCGGUGUCGGCCUCCGUGCGAUCGGUAUGUAUAUUUUAUACAUAUAUAUAUAUAUAUAUACAUAUUAUUAUAAUUUAUAAUGAGUAAGUACGCGCGUUUGUGGUCAAUCUCCCCAUUAACUGCUCACAAUCACCGGAUAAAAAAUUAUACGGCCGUUUUUUGUUGUUGUUUUUUUCGUUUUUAAUGUUCCGUUGUGCCUACAAUUCGUUGUUUGGCGUUUCUCGGGAAGUUAUACGUACUACGUGUAAACCGGUAACGCCCACCUUAAAUUAAUUUUUUAUUAUUAUGCCCAAACAACAGUCGUAUACAUGCAAAUACCAUAACAUGAUAUGUCCAUCGAUCGGCUAUUAUCUUACUGCUGUCGUUCCCAUUCGACCUCAAAUAUAUACAGCACUACUGAUUUUAUUUCCCGGUAUAAUACGGAACAAUAAUUAUAUUGACCGCAAACGAAAAGUAUAUGUAUCGAUCGCAUUUGUCAAAAAGACCAUAAUUUUUUUAUUUAUAUAUAGUUAUAUAUUUGACAUUUGUUUUGUUUACAUAAAUGUGGAACAUUCGAUAUAUUAAUAUAUUAUAUUAUAUUU